AUGGAGAUCAUUUGGAAGCACACCUUCUUCAACCAGCUGAGAGUUCAGCCGACCGAACGGGCGGUGCUCCUAGCAGAAGCUGCUCUGAAUCCCAAGGCCAAUCGCGAACGAAUGACUCAGAUCAUGUUCGAGGUCUUCUACACACCCGCGAUAUACGUCUCGACACAAGCCGUCCUGGCGCUCUAUGCCUCCGGGCGCACCACCGGGAUUGUGUGCGACAGUGGCGAUGGUGUGACACACGUGGUGCCCGUCUACGAGGGGUUCCUGGUGCCUCAUGCCGUGGGCCGCGUACACUUGGCGGGUCGUGAGCUCACGGAGUACGUGAUGAAGCUGGUGGCCGAAGCAGGCACUGCCCUCUCCACCAGUGCCGAAAGAGAAAUUGCUCGGGACAUCAAGGAGAAGUGCUGCUAUGUGGCUGAGAACUACGAGGCUGAGUUGCACAAGGCAGAGACUUCCAAGGAAUGUACCAUGACGCAUGAGCUGCCGGAUGGCCAGACCGUCCAGCUGAACUCCGAGCGGUUUCGAUGUCCUGAGGCGCUCUUUCGACCCACCCUCCUCGGACAGCCCGAGACCGAGGGUAUCCACCUGCAGGUCUUCAACGCCAUCAUGAGGUGUGACCUCGAUGUACGGCGGGAUCUCUUUGUUAACAUUGUGGUGUCUGGCGGUUCCACAUGCUUCACAGGCUUUGGUCGACGCUUGCAACAGGAGAUCGCUGAGUUGACGCCCAGCACCGUGCGAAUACGCGUCCUGGCACCGGACGACCGGCGCUUCUCCGUGUUCAUCGGCGGCUCGAUGUUGGCGGAUCUCGACACCUUCACGGUGCCUCGGUGA